CCCAGCCUCUGAUCUUUAUUUAUAUGGUGUGUAGUGUGGACGUGCAUGCGUGGACAUGCUGUGCCGUUACGGAUCAGGAGAACCUUGCCAAGUCUACUUGGAAUCUACUGUUGGACACAGAAACAACGGAUUCAGAUAGAGAUGGGUAUUGGGGAAUAUGGAAAUAGGGUGAAGAGAGGCGUGGACCAAGAGAAGAUGAGGAAUUCUUCCGUUUGUCUAACUCCCUGGCUUAUAAUUGGGAGUUAGGUUAGGUGACUUGCCCAACUACCACACUACUGCUUUGUAGCAGAACUGAAGCUAGAGCCCAGAUUAAAAAAAUGGACUGAAGGAUAGGCAGUGCUUGAGAGCCCCAAAGACAGUUCCCAGAAGAGAAAAGGGUCUGAGAUACCAUGGGAACUUGCUGAGGUAGACUGCCCAUUGAGGUAUGGGUUGUGGACAGCUUACACCCAGGGAACUAAAGGGGCCUAGAAAGCAGCAAGGGAUAUGGUCAGGUUCCAACCUGCCGCCUGUCAGCUUAGGCUUCGGUGUCUGCCUCCUACCUCUUGCAAGGUCUUUGUGAAGCCCAGUCUGAUGUACUAUGCUUAUAAAAUGCCAGCACAGUUCUUGACAAGUGCUUGCUAAGUCUUUGCUGUGUGUUGACCUUGGAAGAGAAAGGAACCAUGGUCAUAUGGGGUGGGGCAUGGUCCAAUGACCUGGUUGGGAUACAGGGUAGAGGUCUAGUGUCUCCUGGAGCCCAUUCCUCCUCUGCCUCUGCUGCCCACUGCUGCCUGCUGCUGAUAAACCUCUUAUCUGGCCCAGGCAGGGGAGCCCAGAGUAAGUAUGGGAGUAGAGGGCAGGGCUGCUAUCACCAGCAGGCCUGGGCCCUAUCUAAGACAAGGGGAGGGGCUGUCUGCCUGUGCUUCCCACAACACACUCCUUGGGGAUCCCCAAGCACUCACUCACAUCUUGGGAAGAAAGAAAAGGACUGAAAUGCUUGGCAUGGCUCCUCACUCUUCUAAUCCCAGCACUCAGAAGGCAGAGACAGGUGGAUCUCUGUGAAUUGGAGGUCAGCCUGGACUACAGGGCGAGUUCCAGGAUAGCCAGGGUUACAUAGUGAGACCCUGCUUCAAACAACAAAACUGAGGACCCAAAAGGAAGGCAUCAGUGACUCUUGAUGUUUUCCUCCAGAAUGGAAAACUAAACCUCAAUCUCAAAACCUCAGAAGACUGGAUCUUUAUCUCUGAACAGGAACACCGUUUCUAGGGAGUAAGAGAAGACAUCUUGUCUGAGAAAAAGUAAAGAUGCCUACUGUGUACCCAGAGGACUAUGGCCAGAGCAGGUUGCUGGAGCUCUUUGAACUUUGGGGGAACCAGGGCCAGCAGCCGGCACAGUAGGAUGCCCCCGUGUCCUCCCCAGCAGAACAGGAACAGGUUGUCACAGCUGCCUGUUGGGGAGCUGGGUGAGAUGGAAUUGACUUGGCAAGAGAUCAUGUCCAUUACUGAGCUACAGGGUCUAAAUGUUCCAAGUGAGCCAUCCUUUGAGCCCCAAGUACCCACCCCAUACUCUGGACCACUACCACCAACAUACUGCCCCUGUUCAGUUCACCCAGAUACAGGCUUCUCACUACCCCUACCACCUUAUGAGCUCCCAACAUCCACUCCCCCUGUCCCAGACCUCCCAUACUCUUAUGGCAACAUGGCUAUCCCAGUGUCAAAGCCCCUUACCCUUUCAGGACUGCUGAAUGAGCCCCUCCCAGACCCCUUAGCUCUUCUAGACAUUGGGCUGCCAGUGGGGCCACCCAAGCCCCAAGAAGACCCAGAAUCUGACUCGGGAUUAUCCCUCAACUACAGUGAUGCGGAAUCUCUUGAGCUAGAGGGUGCAGAGGCUGGAAGACGGAGGAAUGAGUAUGUGGACAUGUAUCCAGUGGAGUACCCUUACUCCCAUAUGCCCAACUCCUUGGCCCACCCAAACUAUACUUUGCCACCCACCGAGAUACCCUUGGCCUUAGAGUCAUCCUCUGGCCCUGUGCGGGCUAAGCCCACUGUCAGGGGGGAGGCGGGGAGUCGGGAUGAGCGGCGGGCACUGGCCAUGAAGAUUCCCUUCCCUACGGACAAGAUCGUCAACUUGCCUGUAGAUGACUUUAAUGAAUUGUUGGCACAGUACCCGUUAACAGAGAGCCAGCUGGCUCUAGUACGGGACAUUCGACGGCGGGGCAAGAACAAGGUGGCAGCCCAGAAUUGUCGCAAGAGAAAACUGGAAACCAUUGUGCAGCUAGAGCGGGAGCUGGAGCGGCUGGGGAGCGAAAGAGAGCGGCUUCUUAGAGCACGAGGGGAAGCCGACCGUACUCUGGAGGUCAUGCGACAACAGCUGGCAGAGCUGUACCACGACAUUUUCCAGCAUCUUCGGGAUGAAUCUGGCAACAGUUAUUCACCGGAGGAAUAUGUACUCCAACAGGCUGCUGAUGGGGCCAUCUUUCUGGUACCCCGUGGGACAAAGACAGAGGCCUCAGAUUAAGUGGGCCUAGAGAAGACCCUCCCCUCAUUCCCUUCUGAUAAAGGUACUUCCCAACCUCAGGACCAGGAAGAGUUCUCCAGACCAAAAGAGGGCAGGUGUUAACAUUAGCAUUUGGAGGUUCCAAGGUAUGUUUGGUGAGGUUUACUUGGAAGUCAGGUGAGUGUUGGCUUCCCAAGUCCCAAGCCUCUACUUCUUGUCUUAGCUUUGGUCCAUACCAUAAAAGAGCUGUGUGGAAAUAAGGUUUUCAUUGUGUCUUUCUUGAGGCUGCCAGAGCUAUUAAGGAAUCCUGAGCUCAUUUGAAGCACAAGAAUGUGGACAUGAGCCAUGGGACAAUCUAUCCACCCUCAUUCACACCUCCAACCAGAAGCCAUGGAUGCUUUAAGGAACUCCACAGUCCUUGGUGGCCUCCAGUUUACAAAUGACAAGAGCUAUCAAACAGGGCUGCUAUCUUCUGUGUAAAGUCUGCUCCCAGUCUCUGGAGUAUAAAUACAAACACAAAUCCCUACUUUUCUCCUGCUUACCUAUCAUCCUGGGUCUGAUGGGCCAGGGAUCUCUCAAAGACCAAGGGGACUGACUUGUUCUUGACUGGAAUGAGAUUAGAUAUUCCAGUCAAGUGUGUACUCCUGUACAGCCUUUUAAAGGUUGUGCACCGAGCCUCCAGAACGCUAGGCAGGUUAUCCCUGGUUGAGACAAAAGCUACCCAACUCAUGCCAGGGGCUAUGGUCUCCACCCUUCUAGAUUUGAAACAGGGUCUCAUUAUGUAGACCAGGAUGGUGACCUAAGUUUCAUUUGCCUGUCUCCAAAGUGCUGAGAUUGUGUACCACCACACCCAGCCCACUCCCUUUUAAAACACUGUAUAUGAUUGGAUGUAUGUACUGUAUUCAAGCAGAAACUUAUGGAGGUCAGCAGAAUUUAGAGUGCUGGGAACUGAAGCCUGCCCUGUAUAGGGUUAACUCUUACACAGACCUCAUGAGCUGUUGGCGUGCUACAUGACAUCUCCAACUCAAGAUCCGCCCUAUCUUUUUUCUUUCAUUUGGAAAAACUGUGCUCUCAGGAUAAAGGCAGGGGGAGAUUCUGGGCCUGCCAAAGAUAUUGUCUUAAGACAACAAAGCUGGGUACUAGGGACACACCUUUAAUCCCAGCACUAGAAUGGCAGAGGCAGGCAGAUGGAUGCCUAUCAAAUCUAAAAGCACAGUUUCUUUGGCUGUUUUCCCAAUCACAUUAUUGGGAUUGUACUUGGAGGAUUUUACUGCCUCUCUCCAAAGAGGAAAAACAGAAUGAGACCCAAGUGAUAAAGGAUACAGAAACCUUCAUGUUUGUAGACCUUAAAAUGCGGUCUCUAAUCUGGGAUUUUUGUGUCAACUUUUGGCCUAGCAAUACUUUCUAUGGAAGCUCACAAAAAGCAGUAUGAGAACAGUGGCCCAGGCUUACUCCCAAUACUAAGAGAUAAAGGGCUGCCAUAAAUCUCUACAUGUAUCCAUAUGGAAUUAUCUGCAUGUAUGAUUAUAUGAAUGAUUCAGGCCAGCCAGGGACACUCUAAUCCUUUAAGGAUCUCUGGCUGCACAUAAACUGCUGCCUCAAUAUUCCUAAAUUGGGAUUAUAGUGCACACUACCCAACCCAGUUGCCCCUAGAACCCUAAACCCAAUUCCUAAACUCAAAACAACUUCUACAUUUACCACUGAGCAUAACCAGUAUCUCUUUAUUUCCCUUCAAGCUUUAGGUUUCUUACCUCGGAACUCCCCACCCCACACAAGUAGAGAUGGUCAAUUUAUUCUUGCUAGGUUCUCAGGGACACUCUGUGAUCAGUCUACUCCCCCUCAUACAUGAACUUGUAAAGCAUCAAUACACAUGCAUUCAAAAUGUAACUUAAGGGCCAAAGAAACCUGAGUUAGAAAUGAUUCAGACCUGUCCUGCUAAAAAUUCAAGCCACCCGCCAUAAAUGCCAAAGGGAAACAACAAACAGUACCAAGUUAAUUAACUGCUCUUUAUUUAAAAACCAGAGGCAUUCACAAAACUGAAUGAUUAGCAGCAUAGUUAAAAUCCCAACUGCACGGCAGUGAAAAUGAAGCAUAGUGGCCCAGAGUAAAGGCUGUUUUCUUAAGGCUGUUCCUGUAAAGGAGGAGGAGAUGUUAUGUAGCUUAACAAAAACAGUGCUGGAUUCUACAAUUAUACACCCACCCCCUGUUGGCCUAAUAACUGCCAGCCACAAAAGUAACCAGGUAUCUCUUGGUUUUUAACUGCAGCUUGACAUAACUUUCAGGUAAUAAAAUCACCAACCAUAAAAACCUACCUUUUAGGCAGGAACUUGUGAAGUCUUUCUAAAAAUUUUACAACAGUGGUUAAACCUUGUAGCAGAUUCCUUCCUAGAAAAGUAAACAAACUUUAGAACUAGUUUUUGUGAGGCCGAUUCCCAUCCUUAAGCUAUUCCCCACCCCCUCCCCUUAAUGAUCCACCCAUCCUCCCACCAUUUUGGGGAAAGUGACUAAUAUUACUUUGAGCCAUUGCUUUAAGAAAAUGGGUCAAAGGAAGGUUAAAUAAAAUUAAAGGGCCAAAUGUAUUUUUACAAGAGAAAUGUGUUCAUUUCCUCCAAGUAGGAGUAAUAUGGGCAUUAAUUAAAACAAUUCAUCUCCAGAAAAACCAAGUGCAGCUUAACUGGACUAGUUUGGCUCAAUACAUUAAGAAAAAUCCAUCAGAAAAUUGGACUUUUACAACUAUAUGGAUGUAAGUAAAAUCUGUUCUUACCUACCAGCAUAGCAAUAAAACCUUUCCUUCUGGUUCUGCCUGCUAGUCCUAAGAGUCAGGUGUGUGCCUUACUCUCGUCUGCCUCCUUCCUUGCGAUGAUCACUGAAACUUCACUCCCUUCUAGCUUUCAUGGAGGUGCCGUGGCCUGCCCCUGGCUUAUCUGUACUCCACAUACCACAAGUGUCUACUCUCAGCUGUAGAUUUUCUGAGCUCGAAGCCAUUCGCGCUAUACUUGCUAGCAGUUCCUAGUAGCUGAACAUCUCCUGGAUCUUUAAAGGCAUUGUCACGAUUCCUGAGGUAUCUGCAAACUCCCUCAAUAGUUAAGGUUCCACCUGCUAUUGCAAACUCAACCAAUAUCAUGGAACUACCACCCAUGCUCCCCACACCCACCCAUCCCUCCCCCCUCCCCCAACUUCCAAGUAAUACACCAUGAGAUGUGAUAUACAAGUCCUAUGGCAAACAAAUCAUCUAUGCUGCCAGGUACAAUGGCACUUAAAAGGGCACCAAAUGGGAAGCUCGAAAUAAUCUAUGCACAAAUAACAAUUAUUGGGUAGUAACUGUUUUGAAUUCAUUUUCUAUACAAAUAGAAAACAUUUCAGGAUAACAGUGUGAAGGAAGACUGCUGUUAAUACAAAAAUACACAGAAAUAUCACCAAUUAUAUAUUUCUAGUUUGAAUUUUAGUGACUAAAUUACCCAAAGAAAACCUUGAGGUACACCCACCCACAACCCAAUUGAACUGCAGUUUUCCUUCACCAUAGCCUGCUCUUAAGGCAGUUAAGGCCCUUACUAUAAUCAGUUUUAUGAUGCACCAACACUUCUAAUCUGUGGCCUUAACCAUCAGUUGGUCUCUACUCUGGCAGAGCUUUGAACUCGCACUGUGAUAACAAACAAUCAACAUUUACCAGGGGUAUUGUGGGUAGGGAAAGUCCAAAUCUCUGCCAGUCUCAAAUCCAUACAGUUGUCAUUCCAUUCAAGAGAAUUAAAUUCGUUUAUUGAUUACACAUGAUAACGGAUGAUACACAAGCUUCAUUCCCAUCUGUUAUUUUAUCUGAUACCAUUAUUCAAUUUUGAUAUUGCAUAGGGUGUGCCAAUAACCAUUUUAUAACCAAAUUGUAACCUUGCUUGGAUGAUGACCCUUUUAAUGAAACUCAAAGUCACAAUAACUGGCAGUUUAACCACACUAAGGUUUUUGAAGACAAUGGCUUCCACACCCAAGCAAUCAUAAAUAAAUUCCAAAUGGAACUUGGCACCACCCUGAAAGGAAUUCUAACUUCACACUGUUGGGGAAGUUUACCAAGAUGGCUUCAGAGUAGACUAACUUUACACAGCACAUUUAAAAAAGAAAAAAAAGAAAAAAAAAAAGAAAAAAAGACAUUUAUUCAG